GCCAUAGCCUAAGGCAACAUCGCCAUUCCAUCAGUCGGCAAGCAAGCGACUGUCACAAGACACAUGACCAGUGACUACUUUCUGUUUUUAUUGAAGAGAAGAAACAAUGUAUUCUGUUUACUUUCUUACUUUUGCUUCGUUGUUUUUUUGCUUCGUAAGUUAUACUGAUUCUGCUGCUUCAUUUAAUAAUAAAAACAGUCAAAUUCCUGAUGAAAAGUGGGGUUAUCAAACUGUCCGUGAAAAUGCUCACAUGUUUUGGUGGUUAUAUGGGGCAGAAGAUAAGGAGAGAAGGUUAGACCUUCCCCUUGUGCUGUGGCUUCAAGGGGGGCCUGGUGGAUCUGGUGUUGGGUUUGGUAACUUUGCAGAGCUUGGACCGUUAGACAUAAAUCUAAAACCAAGAAAUACAACAUGGCUAAAAAAAGCGAAUCUUCUCUUUGUCGAUAACCCAGUAGGUGCCGGAUUUAGUUAUGUUACUAACCCUAGUGCUUACACAAGAAAUGUGAGUCAAAUAGCCGAUGAUCUUUUUGUUCUUCUAUCACAAUUUAUGACAACAUUGCCAGUGUUUAAGACAAUUCCAUUUUACAUAUUUUGUGAGUCCUAUGGUGGCAAAAUGACAGCUUAUUUUGGACAAAAGCUUUAUCAAGCUAUACAGCAAGGACAAAUCCAGGUUAAUUUUAAAGGGGUUGCAUUGGGUGAUUCAUGGAUAUCUGCUGUUGAUUCUGUGAUAACAUGGGCACCCUAUCUUUAUCAAUACAACUUAUUGGAUGAAAGAGAUUUUCAGCAAGUAAUGAAUAUAUCUAAGAAAACUGUACAAGCUGUAAAUGAUGGAAGAUAUCUAGAGGCAACGCAUUUAUGGUCUGUAACUGAAAGUAUGAUUGAUAAAUUUACAGAUAGUGUCAAUGUUUAUAACGUACUGCAACAUCAUGCACCUCCAUUUCCCAGGCAGUCAUCAAGAAGACUGCAACGUUUAUAUGAGCAACAUGUUGGUAUAUACUACAAACAAAGUUUAGCAGAUUUAAUGAAUGGACCAAUCAGGGAGAAGUUGCAAAUUAUUCCUAACAACGUGAAGUGGGGAGCCCAAUCAGGUGAUGUUUUCUCGUAUCAGUCAGAAGAUUUCAUGAAACCUGUUAUUAAAUCUGUCGAUCAACUUAUCAAUUAUGGUUUAAAAGUUGUUGUGUUUCAAGGCCAACUUGAUAUGAUUUGCGACACACCAGGUGCUGAACUAUGGAUCAAAAAACUUACAUGGCCUGGUCUCAAUAAUUUUUUAAAUGCAAGACGCACGCCUCUUUAUGUUGAAGGGAAAGGGCAGCAAACACAAGCAUUCCUAAAAUCGUAUGAAAACUUUAGUCUUUAUUAUAUUAUGAAUGCUGGUCAUAUGGUACCAACUGAUAAUGGUGAAAUGGCUUUACAAAUGUUGAGUCAGAUAAUAGAAUAACAUUUUUUUGUCUUUGUGUUUAAUUUGUUGUUGCAUGUUAGUUCUUGUAUAUGUUUUAAUGUGCACAUUUUUUACAAUUCUUGCCAAAAAAAGUUUUUUUAUCUAUAAAUAUUACCUACAUCUCAUACAAAAGCGGUCCAUGUAUGCUUUGUUGGCAUAACUUUUGCUUUUAGUGAUGUCAUUAAACCUUGUACGAUUGACGUGCAUGACACAAGACUUAUAAAAAUCAUCCCUGAAAUAAUUAUUGUGUGCAAUCAUUUUUGGUUAUAUCUGUGUUUUUAAUGACAAUUUACAUUUUCAAAGGGUAACUAUUUUGUUUCUGUUUUUCAUUUACUUGAGCUUCAGGAAAUUUGAAGUAAAAUUUUUGAAUGAUAUUUUUUAUUUAUUUAGGCCUAAUUUAGUAAGUUUGGUGAGAAUCAAGAAAUAAAUAUGGCACAUUCUUUUUACUGAUA